AUGAAUGCUGGAACUUCAAGAGGCAAUGCUCAUGGUUUCAACUUCAGUGCUCUUAAAAAGCUCUCAGAUGUAAAAAGCACAGAUGGGAAGACUAGUUUGCUUCACUUUAUUAUUGAGCAGUUAGCUCCAUUUGAAGGAAGACAACAAGCUAAUAGUCAAAAGCACAACCUUAGCAUUGGUGAAACAAGCAACACCAGUGAACUACAUUCAGAUAACCUGGUACAAAAAGAGGAAGUCAAAGAGUAUCUAAUGCUAGAUUUGCCAGUGUUGGUAGGUCUAAGGGAUGAGUUAUGUGAAGUAAAGAAAGCAGCAAUCAUUGAGCAUCAAAAUUUCAUUAGUAUGUACUCUACUGCCAAUGCUUAUGUUACUGAAAUUCGACAGAUAAUAAAAUGCUGUGGUAACAGUGAGAGAGAUGGAUUUAUUAAGGUAAUGAAAGGGUUUCUAGAGAAAUGUGAGGAGGAGCUUAAGGUGGUGAGAGAGGAACAGAUAAGAGUCAUGGAACUUGUGAAGAAAACCAAUGAGUACUAUCUAAUAGGAGGUUCCAAAGAUAACAUAUCAGACCCCUUUCAACUGUUUGUUACCGUAAAAGAAUUUGUUGACAUGGUAGAUGAGGUUUGCAUAGAUUUUAGAAAGAAGCUAGAAAGGAAUAAUGCAGGAGGAAAAGCUGAUCAACACCACCUCUUUCUCCAUCAAAGAAGGCACCACUCAGAUUAUCAAACUUCGAUUUAUACAUUUCUGCCAAGCAUGUCAGGAGCAACAUCUUUCAGCCAAUCUGAUGAUGAUUUUUAA